ACACAACAACUCCAGCAAGCGCUGCCAAAUCAAGAGGGUGUAGAUAAUUUUUCUAUAAAGUUGGAGAAGAAGCUUUAUGAAGAUGCAGCAACCAAGUCAGAUUAUGCAGCAACCAAGUUAGAUUUUAGGUCCAAAAUAUGUCAGAAGUUAAUGCCAAUGGAAAGGCUAUAUGAUACCAUGGUUCAGGAGGUUUUUGAACUCACUGGUUAUAACAGAGUGAUGGCUUAUAAAUUUCACGAUGAUGAUGAUCACAGUGAGGUUGUGUCUGAGAUCACAAAACCGGGGCUUAAGCCUUAUCUUGGUUUACAUUACCCAGCAACAGAUAUCCCUCAAGCUGUACGAUUUUUAUUCAUGAAGAAUAAGGUUCGCAUGAUCUAUGAUUGUCGUGCAAAACAUAUGAAGGUGCUUCAAGAUGAUAAGCUUCAAUUUGACCUAACCUUGUGCGGUUCAACCCUUAGAGCACCACAUAGUUGCCAUUUACAGUAUAUGGAGAACAUGAACUCUAUUGCUUCUUUAGUUAUGGCAGUUGUAAUCAAAAGUGGGGAAGAAGAGGCAACAAAGACUUCUUGGGUCCCUGAUCCAGUGACUGGAUACUACAGACCCGAGAAUAAAGCUAAUGAAAUCGAUAUAGCUGGAGUUGCGAUCGAUAAUACAUGGGAAAGUGGUUCACGUAGGUUUCUUAGCCCACGGUUUUGUUAGCAUAUUACAUGUGCUGCAAGUGGAUUUGGUGGCAAGCUGACUGGGAUGUUUGAUGGAGGGAAUUUUAAAUUGUUUGAGGAUUCACGAGGGUAAGGGCCUGAAGUGGCGGGCUUUUGAAUGGUCUUCUAAUAGUGUGAGUUUGUAUACAUAUUAUAUA